CACGAUGGAAGACAAUGCUGCUCAUUAUGAACUGUCGGAAUUUUGUGGGUUAUCGGAAACAUGGAGUCCCGAGAACUUAGCUUCUAUGCUAAAGGCUUUUUGGCGGAACCUCGAGAUGAAAAAUACAGAAGAUUUUGAAAAGAGAAAGGAAGAUAAAAUACCCUUUAUGAUUCUGAGCCGAGAAGUGAUUGACAUGGUAUUUUGUAUUGGCAGGCGACUUAAUCAGACAACAGAAGCCCAAUUUAUAACCAUAGAGAUCUUGGAUAGAUUUAUUAUCAGUGAAAUAAUGGCCGUCUGGAACUGGUCGAGAAGCACAGACAGUGCCAAAUGGGAGCGAGCACUGUCAUUGGUCAAAAAGCAAUUCAUGCUGCGCUUGCUGUGCUGCGUGGGCAUUGCCUCCAAAAUCGAAGGCAGCCCUGGCAGAGUCCUGAAACCCAAGGUUCUCACUCGAUACUUGUCCACGAAUGACAGGGCAAUCACAAUACGUGCUGUCUGUCUGUCUGAAUUUCACAUCCUUAGACUCAUAGAUUAUAAGCCGCCGCUAACAUCUACCCUGACAUACGUGAAUGCCCUGUGCUGCCUCCUAUCCAGUCUCCGGCCCAUGCCCACAGCACUCGCAACUCCACGUGUUGCGAGUUGGCUGUGGGAAGUGAGUGGCAGGAUUUUGCGUCUGGUAACCGCCAACCACCACGAGGUGUACAACAGCCUCGCAGAAUUUGCCCGCAGGAACUCCGGGUCUAACGUCAGUGACGAGGACUUGGUGGCGGCCCGCUGCGACCGUAUCCUUCUGUCGGUGGCCACGGUCGCCCUCUCGGCACUGCUUGUGACUGCUGCCGAUGCUGACAGACUGCUGCUCAGUGGGGAGGUGUCACCCGGGAGCACUACACUGGACACGGUGCUGGAGGUGUCCUCAGUGACGGGGAUCGCACACCAGGACGUGGAAGCGGCGGUGGCGGUACUGGCGCACACCACGGGGCUGCUCGGUGCCCUCCUGAGGCAGGAAACUCAGGAACCACAAAAAGCAGCAGUACAACCUUCCACGUCGAGGCAGCUGCCCAAAAGCAACCAAGGAAUCAACAUAAAUCACUGGUUGGGCGAGACACGCACAUUUGCAAAAGUGGAGCGACAAGAAAACACCGCCAAGAAGGGAAAGAGAAACAGAAAUUGUUUCUCUCCUCAUCCUUACAGCAACGUGAAAAACAGAUCCCACCGUGGUAGAUUUGUUAGCCCAGAGCGUGAGCCCGCCAGCAGCAGAGGAACAGCGAGAAUUGACAGUGGUAUCGGAACGAGCCGCCAGACCAGAAGAAAUCCUCCAUGCCAGCAAGAACAGUCCACGGUGAAGGGCAGCCGAAUCAAAUAAACACACGUACCCACUCUAGGAAAGGCCAACUAUAAAAUCCUGCUCAUGCUCCGUUGAGAUCGUAUUUGUGCAGGGAGACCUCAAAAAUCUGAACUGCAACCUCUAAACAGUACCAUACAGCGUCCCUUCACAACAUGGGAAGACAGGUAUGCUGAAGUGUGAGUGGCAGAACUUUUGAAAAUGAACAUGUGUGUUAGGAGA